CUAACUUUCUGUCGAGCAUUAAUGUGAGUUUUUACUCUAAUCUUUGAAUUUGCAGAGUUUUUAUAAGAUAAAUAAUUAUUAAUAAUACAGUUUAGUGUUUUCGUGUUAAUUGUUAAAGGGAAUAUUGUGAAUUUGCUAUUUAAUUAUAAAUCUAAAGUAUUUUGAUGUAAUUAAAAGAAGUGGGAAUUUAUACGCAUACCAAGUAAAGAAAUUGCGAAAAAAUAAGAAUAGAUUGAAGUAUAAAUGACAAGAAGUGGAAGGUAAAAUAUAAAGAACAAGCGCAAAGUCGUCAGAAAGAAGAAGACGGAACGAGCAUAUUCGUGAAACGAACUAGUGACGAGUGUUGUUUAGUAAUAUUUGUUAAAAAAAAGUGUCAAUGUGGUGCGGAAUGCUCCGGCCACCAUUUUAAUUCUUUUGAUUGCAACGAGGUUAACAAAACAAUUACCACCCAUGUUUACUACAGAAUAAAAUUCUAACGUCCAAAUUAAAAAGCAAAAGGAAAAUAAAAUCAUAUUUGAAAGCCGCAUUGUCCGGCAGUAAUGCUACAUAACAAUAUAAUAUAAAACAAAAGUUUUUAUUUAAAAAUUAGUGUCACGGCACAUAUUCUUCCUCGGAUUCUUACAAGUCGAUGUGACGACGGAUAUGAUUAAUAAAAAGGACUUCAUUUUAUGGUUUAAGGAACUUGAGAGUUAUAAGAGGAUCGAUACAAUGUGCACUCUGCUCAACAUGUGUUUACCAUUUGAGUUGCGCUUUUUGGGCACAUGUUUGGAGGAAUUAGGUCGUCGAGACUCCCAAGAGUUGCGUGGCAUGGAGUUACGAGUAAACAAUCCUACUGACUUGGCAUCUGAUAUGAUUGCUUGCCAAAAGGGUGAACCCACUGAUAGGAAAAUACGUCGUAUGAUGGCCUUAUACUUAGCAUUAAUGCGUGCUUUUAAUCGUUCAUGUGUAGCUGAUAUAUUUCGUACAUUGGAUUCAUGGGGCGAGCGCGAUUUCCUUGGUAUGACUGACUUAGACACCUUGCAAGAAUUACUGCUUGUAUACAUGAUGGCGGCGAAUCAUCCAGUAUUCUCAUUUGAACAGCAUAUGAGAUGUAUUGAGAUUUUUGAACGCAUCAAAGAAAAUAAAUUAGUUGCUGAUCCAAUGCCAACAAUGAAUGCACAGCAACAACAACAACAAGCGCAUAUCGAACAUUCGGUUUCUCAUGGUCCGCAUCAGCCAGACAUGCGACAACAUUUACCACCAACUCACCAGGAAAUGUUACAACAACAUGCAUUACAUGCUAUGCAUAUAAGUGGCCAACAUCCACAAUUGUUGACUGCGCCACCACCAAUACAAGUGCUGCCACAGGGCACUAUUCCUAUGAAUUUCCCCCAAGCUCAUUUGACAAAGACAAUCCCAAGCGAUGGGAAUAUGCAACAUCAGAUCACAGUUGAUGGAAUACCUCAUAUGAUUGCAUCAAAUAUCUCCAUUCCAGCAGAACCAACAAUUAUAUCACAUCCAAAUGCAGCUUGGACUUACCGGCCAUAUCCACCACCAGCUGCAACAAUUGAGCAUCCGCCACAAUCAUCCUCACCACUGUUAAGUCAACAAUCAUCACCGUCAAGUAGUCGUACUACAAGCCCUAAUCGUACGCCAAAUACAAAUAUUAUGCAGCAAGGCAUGCAAACACAACAGCAACAAGUGAGAAAUAUGCAGCAAAGAAUGAAUAAUUCAAUGAAAAACGUCCGUCGUCCUUCGUCCGAGACCACUCCACCGCCUAUUAAUCAACAACAGCAGCAGCAACAGCAGCAGCAACAUCAGCAAAUGAUGUCAAGUGAUAUUAUCUUGCCUCAAAAUAUGAAACACAUUGACGAUGGUGUAAAUAGUGACAAUUCUGGAAACCAAUUGCAGAAUCUAAUAAGAAACGGAUUUACUAGGGCUGCACAUCAUCCAAGACUUAAGGCUGGUAACUUUAUUGCACCUCAUCCACAACCGCCCACUAAUCAACAUUUCCACGCAAUAUCAUCGGGAAAUUACGCUUUGCCAUAUGCCAUACAAAAUAUGGCGAUUUCUGAAACUACUGUUCUAGAAGAAAAUGUUUUAGGAAAAAGCGGAGGAAGCGAUUCUGGAAGUUCAAUUGGUUCGUCGGGUGAAGUUUCGCCACCAAUUACUCCAACUCUUAUGUCGAAUCAAACCAACCGCCCUGAUCAACAACAACAACAGCAACAGCAACAACAACAACCCCAGCAGAAGCAUCAUCAGCAACAGGUAAAUUUUCCAAAACAAUUAACACUUUCGCGGCAUAAUGGUCGACCGGACAAAAUAUUGCCGGCUAGCGGUGUUGGUAGCAGUACUGGCACAACAGUUAUCUAUGCACCAACGAAUGCGAUUACACAUACCCACCAACAGCAACAGCAGUCGCAAUCUAUAUUUGGUUCAGAUAUUAUAUUAGGACCAGGAGGUAAUAGCAGUUCUGCAAAUGUCAUGCAAAGCUCGUUAACAAAUAAUAAUAAUGCAGCUGGUGCCAGUAUUGUCCCUUCAAGUACCAACCCGCCAUCAAGUAAUAAUAACAUGGUCGCAAAUGCUGUAUUGAUUAGUUCGCCAUCAGCAGUUGGUGGUGGCAUUAUAGGUAAUGCCAUAACAACUAAUUCUGGUAUUAUAUUACAGUCGCAUCAACAGCAAUUUAACGCUUCGUAUCCUUAUCAUGCAGCGGCUGCGGCUGUAGCAGCACAACAUAUAUCAGGUCGUCCACCGCUCAUUACACAUAAUCCAGGUAUGGCACCACAUGGUACUUUCCGUUUACCGAGCUUUCAAAUACCCAACGGUGAAUUGUUGUACCCAGCCUACCAUCCCACUGGCAUUACAUUUCUCUCAAGUGGAGGUCCACCGGGCGCACCGACAGUGGCAUUACGUCCCGCGAAUCCAGGUUCCGUUUCAACAAAUACACCGCCCCAAUUACAGCCGCAACAACAACCACCUCCACCAACAUUACAACCGACCGGCACUAAUACAGCAAUGUUGGCUCCUUCGCCCUAUACUGCUCUUACAAUAGGAAUUAAUAAGCCUGUAUCGUGCUACAAUUGCGGCUCACAAACUCACAAUGGUCGCGACUGCCAAGAAGCAUCCAUGGACGAUGUUACGCGAAGUGCUAAUUAUAAGCUGGACUAUUCAAUAUCCGUAUCCACCUCGAACGUCUCACCUACAACAACUGCCAACGCAUCAACAUCAACUAUAGGUGGUGCAAGCGGCAGCAAUAGCCGUGACGUUGCGUCUGAUACAUUACAGCUCACACAUCAUCAAAAACAACACGCAAUGGAAUCAAUACCUACUGCUACAGUUUCCACUUCCACAUCGACAACAUCACUUAAUCAACAACAAACGCAGCAGUCAGCAACGACGGCAGGAAUUAACACAAAGAAACAAAACAAGAAGCAUUUACUUUCAAGAAAACAUCGAGAAAUAGUGAAUGAGCCAAAACAUAGAGGCACGACCAAUUAAAAUGAGACAAGAACUGGUAUUCUCCAGCGACUUAUCUGAAAUUCUUUACUUUCUGGAAAUGAUGGCCGAGUUGUCAAUAUUUUCAAUUUCUAAAAUAAAAGUCUCUGAGGAUUUUAAAAGAAACACCGAGACACAUUCAUCGUGGAUUUAACACUAUGUACUAUUCUUAAUGUUUCUUCGAUCUGUUGACUGAUAACUCGUUGGAAU